AUGGGAUACCUCGAGGACGAAGUCAAGCGCCUGCAGGGCAUCAUCGCCAACAUUGAGAGCCGGGUCAAGGCCCUGGAGGAGAGGCAAUUUGGCCAGCAGGCCCAGAAAAAGCCCGUUGAGGACAACACUGUCCGCAUGAUCCUCAUCGGCCCUCCUGGCGCUGGCAAGGGCACUCAGGCCCCCAAGAUCAAGGAGAAGUUCAACUGCUGCCACUUGGCUACUGGUGACAUGCUGCGCUCCCAGGUCGCUAAGAAGACUCCCCUCGGCCUGGAAGCCAAGAAGAUCAUGGACGCCGGUGGCCUGGUCAGCGAUGAGAUUGUCAUCAAUAUGAUCAAGGAGGAGCUCAACAACAACCCCUCGUGCAAGGGCGGCUUCAUCCUGGACGGCUUCCCGCGCACGGUUCCGCAGGCCGAGGGCCUGGACAAGAUGCUGCGCGAGCGCAACCAGGCGCUGCAGCACGCGAUCGAACUCAAGAUCGACGACGAGCUGCUGGUAUCGCGCAUUACGGGCCGUCUAAUUCACCCGGGCAGCGGGCGCAGCUACCAUGUCACCUUCAACCCGCCCAAAGUUCCCGGCAAGGACGACAUCACGGGCGAGCCGCUGGUCCAGCGCAGCGACGACAAUGCCGAGGCCCUCAAGAAGCGCCUGGCCACCUACCACAAGCAGACCACCCCCGUCGUCGAGUACUACAAGAAGACGGGCAUCUGGAAGGCUGUCGACGCCGCCCAGGAACCCAACCAGGUUUGGAAGAGCCUGCUGGCCAUCUUUGACGGCGAGAAGGCCAAGUCCGCCUCUGCUUCGGGCAAGCUCGCGGCCAGCUCCUAG